AUGUACUCCCAAAUUCUCUCCGUCGUUAUACCAUUCUUAGCUAUUUCUGGAGCUAAGGCAGAUGUGGUCAUGACCCUCUACUCGGAUGGCAAUUGUGCCAACGAGAUUGGUACAGCUAAUGUCAAUUCUGGCAGCUGCAUGACAUGGUUUUCACCUGGAUGGUCCUCAGCGAAAAUCACGGACGACUCGGGUUCGCCUGCCGGCACUUUGACGUUCUACACCAACAACAACUGCGCUGCAGGCCAAUCUAGCCAUGGCUAUAGCGCAGCCAACUUUGAUUGCUUGAAGGACUUCGGAUUCGUUGCAAACGCUGCUGGUUUGGCCGGCUAG